AUGGCGCCCGAGAAGAGCGCAAAAAGAAAAGCGCCCUCCGCAGUCGCCGACUUCACCGUGCUCCCGCUCACCCUCCCCGCGCUAUCCGGCCUGCCAGCCAGCCACGAGGAAACGCAACACUACCUGUACAUCAAGCCGCACGAGCCCAGCACGCACACAGCGACGGCGGAGCGCUCGCUGUUCGUAGCCAACAUCCCCGUCGACGCGUCGGAAUCAAAUGUCCGCGCCCUGUUCGCCGAGCAGCUUGGGGGUGCGCGCGUAGAGAGCGUCGAAUUCGAUGCGUCGGUGCCUGCGCGCCCGCUGCACAAGCGCUGGAAGCAGGAGAAGCGCGGGGACGGCGAGGACGAGGCGGAGAGCCGCGGCAAGAAGCGGAAGAGGAACGACACUGAGGUGGUUGCUGAGGGGGUGGUGGAGGAUGGCGAGAGCGCGCUGCCAGCGCUGUGGGGCAGUGAAGUGCGGCGGAGCGGAAGCGCGGCGGUCGUUGUGUUUGUUGACAAGCGCAGCGCGCGGGGCGCGUUGAAGGAAGUGCAGAGUGCCGUCCAGUCUGGCCGCACAGUUGCGUGGAAGAGGGCGAGCGGGUUGGGUGUAGAGCGCUACAAGGCGCAUCUGCAGCGCACACAUCCUUCUGCGUCAGCGCUGCAGUCGAGCAUAAACGCGUACCUCUCGCAAUUCACCUCUGUCGAACAGACGCGCGCCAAGCUGCUCAAGCAUGCCCGCACCGUGCCCGACGAAGACGGCUUCGUAACUGUGACCCGCGGCGGCCGCGCUGGACCCGCGCGCAUCGAAGAGGCGGAGAAGAAGCAGGCGGAGCUCGAAGAGAGGCGCAAGAACAACGGUGUCAAGGACGACUUCUACCGCUUCCAGAACCGUGAGAAGAGGAAAGAAGCAGAGGUCAAUCUCCGGAAGAGGUUCGACGAGGAUCGCAGGAGGGUCGAGAGAAUGCGGGAGAGGAGAGGCAGGCUCAGGCCCGAGACUUGA